UGUUGUUCCGUGUGAACGGCGAUUUGCAGUGUCACAGAAAGAAGAAGCUGAAAAAAUUUUAGAAGAAAGCAACUACAAUUUUGUCAUAAUCCGAGGCUGAGUUCGCAAUGAAUAAUGGCAAAUAGCCAAGCCAGUUCUAAUGAUGCGAUAGUGCCAGAGUUAUACUUCCUCAUAUCCAAAUUCCUGACGGCGGGGCCCCUGCAAGAGACGGCAAAGGUGUUAAUCGAGGAGCUGCAGCAGAAGAAUGUUCUGCCGCGACGCAUUGACUGGCUGGGAAAUGAGCAUCAGCAGACCUUUGCCGAAUUGGAACGAAAAUUCACGCAUAUUGGAGACAAUCACUUGCUGGAAUUAUGCGGUCGUCUAUGUCCGCUCGUGGAACGCCAACAUCCGGGCAGUGUGCCGGGCGUAUUUUCGCUCCUUGGCACUGGUCGGCAAAACCUUCUGCGGACACCGGACACCAUCUACAGCCAUCGUUCUCUCAGGGAUUACUGCACUCGCCUCCAUGACGUAUCACUGCCAGAUGCAGAUUACACCAAGCGCACCCACAAUAUAACCCGUGUACUGACUGGCCGGGAGUAUGGCGGUGAUGUGCGUCGGAAGCUCCUCGUGCCCACUGAGCUGUAUAAAAAGACCGUUCUGCUGCGCCGCACCGUGGGCCAUUUAUCCUCCGUUUACUGCGUGCUCUUCGAUCGCACGGGACGUUAUAUUAUCACGGGAGCCGAUGAUCUGCUCAUUAAGAUUUGGUCUGCGGCGGAUGGACGCCUGCUGGCCACGCUGCGCGGUGCCUCGGCAGAGAUCACAGACAUUGCCAUCAAUCUGGACAACACAAUGCUGGCCGCCGGAUCGGUGGAUCGCAUUCUGCGCGUGUGGGAUAUGCAGACCACCUCACCCAUUGCUGUCCUGGUCGCCCACACGGGCAUGAUAACAUCGGUGAACUUUUGCCCAUCGCCACGCAACGAUUUGAGGUACUUGGUGACGACCAGCACAGACGGUUCCAUUGCCUUCUGGCAAUACUCGACGCCACGGGGCCAGAAGAUUACAUUUGCGCCCAAGCCAGCACAGUACCACGAGAGACUGCGGCCAGGACAGGCGCAGAUGAUGUGCACAACAUUCUCGCCGGGCGGCAUGUUUCUGGCUGCCGGCUCGGCGGACCAUCACGUGCGCGUCUACAUGAUGGGCGAAGAGGGGCCCAAAAGAAUACUGGAAACUGAAGCCUAUACGGAUGCCGUGGACUCGAUGCAGUGGUCGCAUCAUGGCCUAAGAUUUAUAUCCGGCAGCAAGGAUGGCACUGCACACAUUUGGACCUUUGAGUCGCAGCAGUGGAAGAGCGUCAAGCUGUGCAUGACGGAACGGCUGGCCAGCUGCCCGGAGCCUGAAGAGGGCAAGAGACUAAAGGUCACCAUGGUGGCUUGGGAUGCCUCGGAUGCCUAUGUCAUUACAGCCGUAAAUGAUUUCACCAUCAAAAUUUGGGACUCAAAAACAGCCAAGCUGCACCGUGUGCUGCGCGGUCACAAGGAUGAGCUGUAUGUCCUCGAAUCGAAUCCCAGGGAUAAGCAUGUGCUGCUCUCCGCCGGCCACGAUGGUCAGGUGUUCCUUUGGGACAUAGAACAGGGCAUCAAGAUCACCGAGUUCUUCAAUGACAUUGACGGGCAGGGUCAUGGCAGUGUGUUCGAUGCCAAGUGGUCACCGGAUGGCACAAUGAUAGCUGCCACCGAUUCGCAUGGACACAUCAUGAUCUUUGGACUGGGCAUGUGCAAGGAUAAGUACUCAAUGCUGCCCACUGAGCUUUUCUUUCACACGGAUUAUCGUCCGCUUGUGCGCGAUAGCCAGAAUCAUGUGGUGGAUGAGCAGACACAAAUAAUGCCACAUUUAAUGGAGCCACCGAACCUCGUUGAUGCCGAUGGCAAUCCACAUCCCAUCAAGUAUCAACGUUUCGUUCCCGGCCGUGAGGACUGGACCAAUGAUCAGUUGACAACGAAUUUGUAUGUCGGUGUGGAUGGUAUGGGGAUUGAGGAAAAUCUGAAUGCGACUGUGAAUCCCCAGCCACAGAUUGCCAGUGUGGCGGUUGCAGCCGCCGCUCCUGCUGCUGGUGGUGGUGCUGCUGCGGCAGGAGGAGGAGCCGCAGACUACUCACACAUAGAUCGCAUGAUUGCGGCUUUGGCUAAUCGACAAUCGGUUGGCAGUGCCAAUGCCAACGAAUCGAAUGCCAAUCAAUCGUUUGAACGUUUGACCAACCGCCAGCAGCAGCCGGACUCAAACAGUCGACAAUCUGCGCGCGGAAAUGUUCUAGGCGGACGCUUGGUCACGCCACGUCAGGGCUGGGGAGCAGCAGCGCCAGCGGAAGAGCCUGCUGUGGCCCAGGAAGCAGUUGCCGAGGAGGCACCAGCAGCUGCCCAACAUGUUUCGCCUCUGCAGCCGCAGCCCUUGAAGUUUGUGCGUCGCACCUACGUGCGUCCCAUGAAGUAUGCCCAGCUGCAGAACAUCAAGCAAGUGAGCUACUCCGCGGGGCUGUACGAGAAGCAAGAGUAUAAGCGUGAAAUGAGACGUCGACCCAUUAUGAUCAACACUGCCAGUGCGACGUCGGCGCAGCAGACGGGCGGCAGCGUUGGACGGCCACGGAAUACGCGCUCCAAUGGCGCCGGUCGACCGGGCAGGCGUCGGAACGCACCGCCUGGUACGGGCCAAGCGGUGGGACCUCUGGCGCCUGCAUAUCGCACACGAGCGGCACGGGACCAGGAACAGGAGCAUCAAUACAACGAGGUUGUGCCGCCGCCGCAUGAAGAGGAGGAGGAUGAUGUGUCCAGCAACUCCUCGGGGGAUACCAGCUACUCGAAUGUGGAGGAGAAUCUAGACGAAAGCAGCGACGAUUCGGACACGGACAGCUCCGAUUACUCCGACUGGGUGGCGGAUACACCGGGACCCAAUCUAGAGCCGCCCAAACGCUCCAAGCGCAAGCCACUCUCCCGACGUCCGCCCAGUAGCGAUGACAGCAGCGAUGAGGAUGCAGCCGGCCGAGCUGUGCGCGCAGCUGCCGGUGUCAGUGGCCAGGGUCAGGGCCAGGUGACGGCCCGUAAGGUGGGCCGCAAGACAGUGCUGUUCCCGCCCACGGAUCUCAAUGGUGAAAUCCCGGAGCUGUUCAGACCCGCCGAAUGGCUGUCGGAGGUGAUUCCACGCAAGACUCCGUACUACCCGCAGAUGGGCGACGAAGUGGUCUACUUUCGUCAGGGCCAUCAAUACUACAUGGAUGCCGUGCGCCUGAAGAAGGUCUACAAGCUGUCGCACAGCUCAGAGCCAUGGAAUUUCCACACGCUGCGCGACCACGAGCUGGUCCGUGUGAUUGGCAUCAAGUACGAGAUUCGUCCGCCCAGGCUGUGCUGCCUGAAGUUGGCCAUCAUCGAUGAGGAUGGCAACAUGACGGGGACCUCGUUCAAGAUCAAAUAUCAUGAUAUGCCCGAUGUCCUGGACUUUCUGGUGCUGCGUCAAACCUUCGAUUUGGCGGUGCAGCGCAACUGGAGCAUUGGCGAUCGUUUUCGCUGCAUGAUCGGCGACGGCUGGUGGAUGGGACAGAUCGAGUCACGUCACGCUUUGGACGCCGACUUUCCCGACUCGUUUUUCAUGUGCUUUCGCGUGCGCUGGGAUAAUGGAGAGUACGAGCGCAUGAGUCCCUGGGAUAUGGAACCGAUUGAUCAGCAACGAGUGCCGGAUGAGGUCGGUGGCGCUGUGCCAGUGCUGCCCGAGGAGAUACGCGCGACGCUCUAUCAGCCCAAGUCCGAGGAGUGGCAUCGUGGCGAUCGCGAUGGCACCUGUCGCCGCAUCAUCAAUGGCCUCGAGCAGGUGAUGCGCCUGUCCAUAGCGGAGCAUUUCCUGGCACCCGUCGACCUCAACAUAUAUCCCGACUAUGCCUACCUGAUCGAGUAUCCCAUUGAUCUGACCACGGUCAAGUCACGCUUCGAGAAUCACUUUUAUCGCCGCAUCACCUCUGCACAGUUCGAUGUGCGUUAUCUGGCCACCAAUGCGGAGCAGUACAAUCGUCGGCACACGAUCAUUGUGAAGCAUGCGCGGAUUGUCACAGAUCUGUGCCUGCGCAUCAUCCGGGAGGCGGAUGAGAUUGAUGUAGCUGCCGUCUAUCAUCAACUGGUGGAUGUCUAUCAUUCGUCCGAGUCCGAGAAUGAGGCAGACUCUGAUGUUGUGCCUUCAACCAGCACCGGGCCCACCACAUCGGCCGCAGCAGCAGCCGCUCGACAACGUGUUUCCUCCACACGAAGGUCCACUCGCAUGCACUCGGAUGGGGAUUGGCGCUCUGAUUGCCGUCAGCUGUUGGAUUUGAUGUGGCAGCGCAUGGAUUCGGUGCCAUUCCGUGAGCCCGUGGAUACCAUUGAGUUUCCGGACUAUUUGGAAAUUAUUGCCACGCCCAUGGAUUUGCGAACGGUGAAGGAGGACUUGCUGGGCGGCAACUACGAUGAUCCGCUGGACUUUGCCAAGGAUGUGCGAUUGAUAUUCCAGAACUCAAAGAACUACAAUACCAACAAACGUUCGCGGGAUAAUCUAGCGAUCUACGCGAUGACCCUGCGUUUGAGCGCGCUGUUCGAGUCGCGCAUCAAGACGGUCGUCAGCAAUUGGAAGGCGGCACGCAGACGCGCCAAUAAGAACAAGUCGGGCAGUAGUGGCGGUGGACGCGGUGCCUCUAGUAGUCCCAGCAAGCGUUCGAACAAGGAGCGGGCGACGCGUCGCAAUCAGAAGCCACCAACGGCGCCCAGGAGACUGCCAUUGCCGCACACGAGUGAGGAGGAGGACGAAGAUGAUGACGAUGACGAUGAUGAUGAUGAGGAGGCGGUGGCACGUGCGCAGCGUUCACGACGCCGCAAUGGAGUGGCCGUUACGGCCACUUCCAGUCACUCGGGCUCGAACCGUGUGACCUCGUCCUCAUCUGCGGCCCAACAGCGACGCCGUCAGAAUAGAGUCAGCAGCGAAGAGGAAGAGGAGGAGGAGGAGGAAGAGGAUGACACCAGUGCCCAGGCCACCUCAGAUGCCAGCAGUGAUGAGGAGGAGGAAGAAGACGAUGCCCACACCAAUGCCAGUUCACCGCAGCAGGCGCGUCCGCGCCGUGGCAGACCACGCCAGCGUCCCAUCAACGAUGAGUCGAAUCCAAACGAUUCCGAGGAUAGCUACAAUCCCAAUGUGGGACGCAGCAACCGCCGAGGAAAGAAGCGCAAGUCGGCCAACCGAAACGGACACUCAAACACGAAACGUUGCCGCGUGGACAAGAGCCCGGCGGGCAGCAGUCGCGGCGGAACCGUCACGGCGCCCACACGACGCACGCGUCGUGGCUUGGGCAGCUCCGAAGAGGCCGCCUCCCAUUCGCAGCAGGACGAGAGUACGCAGGACAGUCACAGCAAUAUGACACGCCGAAAGGGCAGAUCCCAGGUCAGUUCCAGGUUUCAGGCCACAGACAAUGGCCCCAGUACUAGUGCGGCCGCUGCUGCAGCGGCUGCUGCUGCUGCAUUCACUGCCGCCGAUCCCAGCCUCGAGAGUCCCUCCCGGAAUACGCGAGCCAAUGGGGGUAGAGCCACCACAUCCACCACAUCCCACCAUGCGGCCGAGAAUGAUCACAGCUACCAUCUGCCAGUGCGCAAUGGUCGAAUCAUUGAGUCGGACACGGACUCGCAUGGCCCCGUGGCGCGGCCGACGCGUCAGAGCGCCAAGCGGGCGAUACUCGACUGGGGUCGUGGCAGUGAUAUUGAAGAAGAAGAGGAGGAGGAGGAGGAAGAGGACAGCGACGAGGCUGAAGAGAUCCUGCCCACACCCACAAAAGACGAUAUGCCAUCGACUAGCCGUGCCGCAUUGGGCAUGAUCGGAGCAGCGCCACCGGUUCGCCAGUUGCGUACGAAUCGCAACACUGCCAUCAAUCGGAUCCAAAGGAUCGAGGAUGAUGAUGAUGACGAUGACAGCGACAACGAGCCGCUGGCCAACAAUCAGCAGAAAUCCACUCAAUCACCCGCCAAAAGUAGCACAGUGACAGCUACGGCAGCAGCAGCACCACCGCCACCACAUCCGCUGGCAUUGCGCCGACGCAUGGCCUCGCCGCUGCCCCAAAGGAGCACGCAUAUGACGCGCUCACACGCCACAUCCACAACCUCCACGACCGUGACCAACUCGACAGCAAACCGACGAGCGGAUAGCCCGGCCGUGACCCCCGAUGAUCAUAAUUAUCUGGGCACUGUGAACGCCUCCAGAGCACCACCGAGGCGCAUAUUGUCGCGUCAUCAGCGGAAUGCCGAUGAGCUGGACACGAGCAUUGAUCCGCUGGACAGCUCACGACUGAUUCGUGCCAUUGACAAUAUCAGGCGACCCACCUCCACCACAAAUAGCAACAGCAACAACAAUAGCCACAGCAAUGUGGUUACCCGUCGGGGUCUGCGCGGACGCACGAGUCAGGCCAACUCUCAGGACGAGGAGGAGCAGGAGGAGGACGAAGAUGAGGAUGCAGCUGCCUCGGAUGAGGGCACUGACGGUGGCUCCAGCUCUCAGGACGAUGAUGAUGAUGAUGAGGAGGAAGAGAAUGAGAAUGAGAAAGCCUCUGCCACAGAUUCCGAAGACAAUCAGCCAUUGACCAGCUAUGUGUCGCCCAGCAAUGGGAGGACCCGAACUCGCACCAAGACCAAAUCCACCUCCUCCUCAUCGGCAACGGCCACGGCCACGUCGUCGGCGGCCACACAAGAGCGUCCAUCGCAGCGUCAGCGUAGACUGCCACCGGCUCGACGUCCGCCCUCGGAUAACUCGUUUACCCAUGAGAAUGACUUAGAUCGGGACAAUGACGAUGAUGAGGAUUAUGUGGUGCCGGGUAGUCGCACCUCGCGCCAUGCCAAUCGGCUGCGCGGCAACAAUCAACGUGGCGGUCGCAAUCAGAAGCGUCCUCGCUACAAUGAGCAGUCCGAUGAGGAGCAAUCCGAUCCGCGCACAGCCCAAAAUUCGCGUAAACGAGUGCGCAAUGGCGAUGCCCAUGGUGGGGGCUCACAAACGCCGGACGAGCAAUCUGCAGCGGAAGAUGAUGAUGAUGAGGAGGAGGAGCAGGAGGAGGAUCAGCCGGAUGGCGGCGACAUCUCUGGGGACAGCGACGAGCAAUUGGUGAGCGUGAGCAGUCGCGGUAGAGUGCGCAAAAUAUCGGCCAAGGCGCGUGGCAUUUUCAAAGAGUGACCGCUGGACCACCACCAUAUGCACCAGACUGUUUUAUGUAUAAAUUAAAUCUAAAUAUAAUUGAAGAGAAGAAGCCAGCAAAUCCAGCCCCCGAACCCCCUGCCCAACCCCUCCCCUUGUCCCUUAUUGAUUAAUGUGUAAGAGUAUAAAUCACGUCAAACCAAGCACUUUUCGUCAUCGUAAAUCGUCCGGGCCUGCCUUUCCCCCUCUUUUAAGUUUAAGCAUUAUUUUGUAAUGUGUCCCAGCCCCACAGCCACCACCAUAUCCAUUAUAUGCACUGCAAGAAUACUUUUUCUUUAAUUGUUUUAUAAGCUCUAUUGGAUUCACUUUCUUGUGGCAGCCAGCCACAUUGUGGGUUGUGUGUGCCACAGGGCUAUACCUUUAUAUAUGUAUUCUCCAUAUAUAUAUUAUGCAUAUACAUACAACAGAUUAGCACACACCCUCGCGGAAAUCACACACACACACACACACACUU